AUGGCAAACCUAACCAUUAAUUUACCAAAAAAAAUAGAAAAACAAUUAGAACAUUUAGAAAAAACUACCGGCAAAAGCAAAGAAUUUUUUUGCCAAGAAGCCUUAAUUCAAUAUUUAGAGGAUGUGGAAGACCUUUAUAUGGCUCUCAAAGCCAAGGAGAAAAAACAUUAUACUACCAAAGAACUCUUGGAAAGUCUUAGACCUAAGAAAGGAUUAACCACUUCUUCGGGUUUAAAAAAAUUAGAUUUCUUAAUGGCUCGAAAAAUUGCGAUUAAAGUGGAAAAAUAUUUGGUUAAAAACCCUCGGCAGUUCGGCAAACCUCUGACCAAUGAAUAUAAAG